GAGAGCAGCCAGGGAGGUAUUCUAUAUACCUAAAUACAUCUGUGGGAGAAACUGCUCAUCUGAAGCAGAGGUGAGCUACAACAGUGGCUUUGACUUCCAGCAGGGUACGGUGGUGAUAGCCAGGCCGCUGGACGCUGAGGACCAGUCGCUCUACAACCUGACGGUCAUGGUCACUGACGGUACCAACACAGCUAACACACAGGUCUUCAUCCGUGUUCUUGACAGUAAUGACAACCCUCCCGUCUUCUCUCAACCUACAUAUGACAUUAGCGUGUCAGAAGACAUGCCUGCCGACACAGAGCUGUUGCGUGUGCGAGCGUUAGACGGUGACGAGCGUGCGCGUCUCAGCUACACCAUCCACAGCAGUGUGGACCCAGCCAGUAUGAGACUGUUCCGGAUUAACCCAGGGACCGGAGUGGUCUACAAUGCUGACCGAUUGGACUAUGAGGCUAGGACGCAACACAUACUGACCAUCAUGGUGAAGGAUCAGGAGUUUCCGUUUAACCGUGAUCUAUGUCGUAUCCUGGUGGCUGUUGAGGACAUUAAUGAUAACGUGCCGUACUUCAGCAGAACUGUGUAUGACGCUGUAGCCUAUGAGUCAUCUCCUCCUGGAUCACCUGUCCUCCAGGUAUCGGCUCUGGACAGAGACAACGGGCCAAACGGACUGCUGCAGUACUCUAUAGAAGCAGGUAACACGGGAGCAGUGUUUGCUAUUGACGCUGCCACUGGUGUAAUCUCCGUAGCGAGAGACCUGGACCUCUCGUCCGUAGGAUAUUACAUCAUCACCGUGCGCGUCACUGACAGCGGCAUGCCACCCCUCACCGCCACUGCCACCGCACGUGUUUCCCUCACUCUCUCUGAUUCCUCACAGCCCAAGUUCAGCCAGAGAGAAUACCAGGCAGAGGUGAUGGAGAACUCUGCCACAGGAAGGUACGUCACAUUGGUGUCCGCCCUGAGUCGCUCCGCGCUGGUUUAUGACAUCACAGCCGGUAACCACGAACGCCAAUUCGCCAUAAACCGUCACACUGGAGUCAUCACCACCCGCAAGGCACUCGACUUCGAGCGUACAGGUUCCUACUCUCUGGUGGUGCGUGCGUUGAGCAUGGCUGGUGUGGAGGCCAGUGCUACGGUCAGUGUCCAGGUGGGAGACCAGAACGACUGUACACCUGUGUUCCAACAGCUCAGUUAUGUAGGUGUUAUCAGCGAGGCUGCUCCGGUCAACAGCGUUGUCCUAGCGGAGGACGGUAACCCUCUGGUCAUACAGGCUUCGGACCGGGACCGUAACCUGAACGCCCUGCUGGUGUUUAACAUCAUAGAUGAGACCGCUAGAUCCUUCUUCACCGUGGACUCUGGGACCGGGUCUAUCAGAACCAUCUCUAAUCUGGACUACGAGACGUUCUCUGCCUUCUCCUUCCGGGUCCAUGUGAGGGACAGUGGGAAACCCCAGAGAACAGCAGACAGCCCAGCUCAGGUCCAUAUCAAGGUGGUCAACAUCAACGACUCCCCUCCUAAGUUCUCCCAAGACUCAUAUGAGACGGUCCUCCUCCUCCCCACCUACCCCGGGGUCGAGGCCCUGAAGGUCACGGCCUUUGACCCAGACCUGACGCCUGACCCUACCGUGACCCCUGCUGACCUCUCUGUGACCUCUGCCCUGGUGUACACCCUGGCUGACCGGAACCUGGAACACUUCUCCAUGGAACGUUCCACUGGCGUUCUCACCGUCAAGAACCGCAACUUCUCCAAGGACCGCUACCGCUUCAACGUCAAGGUGUGGGAUGGUCGUUUCUCCAGCACAGUGUUAGUAACCAUCCUGGUCCGUGAAGCGAUGGACAGCGGCCUCCUCUUCUCCCUCCCCGUCUACUCUUCCUCCGUCGCCGAGAACGACGGCAACGUUUCCAUAGUGACCGUGGUGAACGCAGUGGGGCACCGGCUUAACGAGCCGCUGAAGUACACGCUGCUGAAUGCCGGAGGUCGUUUCACGGUACGUCCCACUUCCGGGGUGGUCCUGACCAUGGGAGUACCGUUUGACCGCGAGGAGCAGGACAGCUAUGAACUGGUGGUCGAAGCCAGCAGAGUGUACGACCGACUGAGGGUUGCUAGAGUUACUGUCAAGGUUCAGGUGGAGGAUGUGAAUGACAAUGCUCCAGAGUUUGUUGACCUGCCGUACUACGCUGCUGUCCAGGUGGAGUCAGAUCCAGGAUCCGUGGUGUACAGGGUCUCAGCAUCAGACAGAGACUCUGGGCUGAACGGCGAUGUCAUUUACACACUGAAAGAAGAGCACAGGAACUUCCAGGUGGACUCUCUAAGAGGUGAACUGAUCCUCAAGCGUUCCCUCGAAGCCGACCUAUCCAACGCUGAAUACAAACUCACCAUCGUAGCUCAAGAUGGCGGCUCCCCUUCCCUGUCCAGUGAGGUGGAGCUACCGGUCACUAUCAUGAACAAGGCCAUGCCGGUGUUUGAUAAGCCUUUCUAUGGCAUCACAGUGAGGGAGGAUGUCCCCGUGUCCACCCCGAUCCUGUAUAUCAACGCCACCAGCCCCCAGGGACAGAGUGUUAUAUAUACUAUCAUGGAGGGAGACCCUUCACUACAGUUUGACAUGGGCUUUGAUACCGGUGCGAUCCGGGUCAGCUACCCGUUAGACUACGAGACCACGCCGUACUACCGACUAACGGUGAAGGCUACGGACACGCAGACUGGCGCAAGAUCGGAGGUCGAUGUGGACAUCGCCGUGUUGGACGUUAAUGACAACCCUCCGCUUUUCCAGAAAGUCUCAUAUUCCACCACACUGCCUGAGAACUCCAUGAUCGGCACUCCGGUAUUACAGGUGUUGGCGUUGGACAGUGACUCGGAGCGUAACUCGUUGGUCCGUUACCAGAUCCUGUCAGACGUCUACAACAGUACCGACUUCUUCCACAUCGAUAGCAGCAGCGGACUGAUCCUCACGGCACGCAUGCUCGACUACGAAACCAUGCAACAGUACACCUUCAUCGCCAGGGCAACCGACAGCGGCGACCCUACCCUCAGCAGCGAGGUCAAUGUCAUGGUUUUGGUUACAGACACCAACGACAACCCUCCUUCCUUCAGCCAAUCGCUGUACGAAGUGUACUUGAGCGAGCUGGCCCCCAGGGGACAGUUUGUGACAUGCGUCCAGGCGUCUGACGCUGACAGCUGUGAUGCAAAUAGACUCAGGUACAAUAUCCUAUCCGGUGAUGAACGGACGGUGUUUAUGAUGGACACAGAGACGGGGUUGAUAUCUCUGUCCAAUCAGAGAAGGCAGGGGAUGAGGGAUUCCUUUAGGCUCAACGUGUCUGUGUCUGACGGGGUCUUCACAAACACCGCUGAGGUCAAUGUGUAUGUGCUGGGAGCAAACCUCUACAGUCCAGUAUUCAGUCAGAGGUUCUACCUGGCGGAGACCAGAGAGAACACACCUGCUGGAUCCAGAGUCAUACAGGUGCGCGCUACGGACGAGGACUCGGGUCUGUUCGGUCAGGUGACCUUCACGUUCAUCAACGACUUGGGGAAGAGUAAGUUCAGCAUCGACGCUAAAGGCCUCAUCACCACCGCACAGAAACUAGACCGUGAAAACCCUAGCAACAAGGACAUAGUCCUCACCGUCAUGGCCCUUGAUGGAGGAGGUACAGAGAGGGGGAGGUAUCGUAUGAGCAUCAAGUCCAAUGUGGCUAAAGGAUCCUUGGUUACCCAGAUCCAGGCCUCAGACCUUGACGCUGGACCCAAUGGACGGGUCAUCUAUUCCCUGUACAGCGAGGCCCGCCUGCCCCUGGUUGACGUACUGGAGGUGGAGCCUGACAGUGGUUGGAUGGUGACUAAAGGAUCUCUUCUCCAUCUCCAGGGAACCAUCCUAUCCUUCUUUGUCAAGGCUACAGACCGUGGCUCCCCGGCUAAACAUUCUCUGGUCUCAGCCUUCAUCCAUGUCCUCCCCCCGGACGCCCUGGUCCCUUCCUUUACCCAGCCUCAGUACUCCUUCACCAUACCAGAGGACACGCCGGUGGGCACGGCCCUGGGAAACAUAUACCUGGCCCCAGGACAGACUGGGGCUUACGCCGCUGUGGGGGGAGAGACUCCCGACAGCAACCAGGAAAGAACAGCUCAGAUUUUCAAUAUUAUUUAUAAUAUGUGAUAUACAGUGCAUUUGUAAAGUAGUCAGA